AUGUAUUUUGGCUUGCAGACAGGAUGGGUCUCUAUCAUGUCGAUGCCAGCCAGCCUCAUGGGCUUCGGCAUCUUCAAGCUGCUUGCUCCGCACUUGAGGUUUCCCUUUUCUCCAGUCGAGAAUGUCCUGCUGCAGAGCGUAGCUUGUGGUAUGGCCAUCAUGCCACUCGGAUGCGGGUUUGUUGGCGUUAUUCCAGCGCUGAACUAUCUUUUGGCUGCUGAUGAGCAGGGCCCGAUUAAUCUAAGCACUUGGCAGCUAAUAGUCUGGUCAUUGGGGCUUUGCUACUUUGGUGUCGUAUUUGCUGUCCCUUUGCGCAAGCAAGUCAUCAUUCGAGAACGUCUCAAAUUCCCUAGUGGAUUCAGUACCGCCGUUUUGAUCUCGGUCUUACACGGCGGAGGCCGGCAGUCUACCAAAGAUGAACUUGACGCUGCUGCGAAAGGUAGUUUUGCUAGCCUUGUUCCAAAGGAGGAACCAUCCCAACCAGCUGCCAUCGGGCCAGCUACUACAGACCAGGAACAUCAGCAGGAUCUCGAUAACGACUUGGCGUCUAAAGGCGACUGGGCAGCCAACAUCAAACUCUUGUUGCUGUGUUUUGGUGGCUCUGGACUUUACACGGUUGCUACUUACUUCUUCCCCAUACUGCGCAAUUUGCCCGUAUUUGGUUCAACCGCCGCGCAUAUGUGGCUGUGGACAUUCAACCCCAGUUUUGCCUACAUUGGUCAGGGAAUCAUCAUGGGCACUGAGACAACGCUGCAUAUGCUGCUUGGUGCCAUCGUUGGUUGGGGAAUUCUUAGCCCUAUUGCCAAGUACCGUGGAUGGGCACCUGGCGAUGUUGAUGAUUGGGAACAUGGAAGCAAGGGAUGGAUCAUCUGGAUCUCGCUGGCUAUAAUGUUGGCGGAUGCUAUCGUAAGUCUGGCUUACGUGGGUUUCCGUGGAGUUUUUACAAGCCCCAAGGUCACCAACAUUAUCUUUUCUCUACGACAACGAGUAUAUGAACAUGGCAUCUCUGGCCUGUGGAAACCCCAAAGCCAUGUCUAUUCGCCGCUUCUCCCUGCCGACACAGCGGACCGCACUGAGCCGCGUGGUGGAGAGGAUGAAGAUGAGGAUGAGGAUGCUCCCCCGCACCAACGCAUUGGUGGUCGUAUGGUAGCAAUUGGCCUUCUUGUAUCGAUCGCUCUUUGUGUAUUUACCAUUCACGUGGUUUUUGGCGAUCUCGUACCGCUCUAUGCCACGACUAUUGCUGUUCUUAUGGCUCUAGUACUAAGUAUCAUGGGAGUAAGAGCUCUAGGUGAAACGGAUCUGAAUCCUGUAUCCGGAAUCAGCAAACUUGCACAGUUGUUCUUCGCAAUUAUUAUUCCACAAACUCACAAGUCAAGCGUUUUAAUCAACUUGAUCGCUGGAGCUGUGUCUGAAGCUGGUGCUUUGCAAGCUGGCGAUCUUAUGCAAGAUCUCAAGACUGGCCACCUCCUGGGAGCUGCACCAAAGGCCCAAUUCUGGGGUCAAGUCAUAGGAGCAACAGCAGGUGCUAUACUGAGCGCUUUUAUCUACCGUAUUUAUACAAACGUCUAUACAAUUCCUGGAGAUCUCUUCCAGGUACCAACUGCCUAUGUCUGGAUCUUCACUGCACGACUUGUCACGGGCUCUGGGCUACCAUAUCGGGCUAAGGAAUGGGCUAUUGGAGCUGCCGUUUUAUUUGCCUUCGCCACUGUCAUCAGGACACUUGCUAUUGGUAAAAAGUGGCGGCCUAUGAUUCCCGGCGGCAUUGCUGUCGCUGUUGGCUAUCGCUGA